AUGGAUGAUACCAACCGCUCCAUCAUAAGAAACGUAAAGGGUCCUGUUCGUGAGGGAGAUGUACUGACGCUGUUGGAAUCUGAACGUGAAGCUAGAAGAUUACGCUAA